GUGGAGUGAAGCGCAUCUCCGGUCUCAUCUAUGAGGAGACCCGUGGAGUGCUGAAGGUGUUCCUUGAGAACGUGAUCCGUGACGCAGUCACCUACUGCGAGCACGCCAAGAGAAAGACCGUUACCGCCAUGGACGUCGUCUACGCACUCAAACGCCAAGGACGUACCCUCUAUGGUUUCGGAGGAUAA